AUGUUUAGAGAAGAAUCAGAUUGGCCGUGGCUGUGGGGGACGGGUGAAGAGUCUUUUAGGGAUAUUCUCAUGAGAAGGAUGGGGCGAUCAAGCAGAACAAUUUAUGUUGGUAAUCUUCCCAGUGACAUUCGUGAGAGAGAAGUUGAGGAUUUGUUUUACAAGUAUGGGCCAAUUGUUAAUAUUGACUUAAAAAUCCCUCCAAAACCUCCUGGUUACGCUUUUGUUGAGUUUGAAGAUCCUCGGGAUGCUGAUGCUGCUAUCCGUGGCCGAGAUGGUUAUAAAUUUGAUGGCUGUCCAUUGCGGGUCGAACCUGCUCAUGGAGGCCGAGGGUCGUCGUAUGACCGCUACAGUAGUUAUAGUAGCAGGAGCAGUCGUGGUGGACUCUCUAGACGUUCUGAAUACCGAGUAUUGGUGACUGGGCUUCCUUCCUCUGCUUCAUGGCAAGAUUUGAAGGAUCACAUGCGUCGGGCAGGAGAUGUUGGUUUCUCGGAGGUUUACCGUGAUCGUGAUGGGCAUGUAACCUGUUGGCUGAGCAGAGGAUGUCACAUUCCAUGUGUGUCUGGAGGUCACGAGGUCGAGGUUGAACCUGAUUGCCUUGUGGAGUUGAGGAGUAUGAAGCAAGACGCAGUUAUUCCAGGAGUCCAAGUAGGAGUCCCUAUUCAAGAAGCAGAAGUGUCUCCAGGAGCCCUGGCUAUAGGGGGAGGAGUAGAAGUGUGUCUCCUAGGGGUAAACAUUAUCGUCAUGCUUCAUCUAGAUCUCGUUCAGUGUCAGCUGCUUCACAAUCAGUAUCUGAGUCACCUCGUCAUGGUGUAUCAAGAGGGUCAUUUUGUGGAGAAAGAAAAGUGGGCUUUAAGGAACUUGAUGGCUUGCGGUGCUCAGUUUCAUGCGACUCACUUCCGUUGUGGCAAAGACGGGGCUGUUAAGUCGAUGAGCACCUGCAGCAAAUACUUAGAUGAUCUCCAUCAAGAUCUCGCCAUUCAGCAUCGCCUUCUCGUCCCAAAUGUCCAAGUGCUAGUCCCAGCAGAAGCAGAAGCAGAUCAAGAUCGGUGGCAUCAGACUAGAUACAAAUUUGGAGAUCAAAUAGUGCAAGCAGUAGACUCUGGAUUGAUACCGAAUGAUUAUGCAGCUAUGCAGCACUUGACAUUAUAUUUGCUUUCUCAAUCUACCAAACGUUUGCCUUAG